CCCAGGACCUUUCCCCAUCCCAUUCCGCCAAAAUCUAUCGACCCAUCGACCCAUCCACCUCUCUGGCGCCUCUCUUCCGAAUUCUUCCUCUCUCACUCACUCGCCUUUACCUCUUUCCUCCUUUUUCUUUGCUUCCGAGAUCGCUUCCGCUCGUGCUUCCGGCGCAACGCUUGCGCCCAGCAAAACGAUCAUUUACCCUACAUCGCUUUUGUCUCUCGUCUUGACCGCUUCCUUCCCUUUCCGAGACCCCUGCCUGCCUAUCGUACCUUCCCGCCUCAACCAACACCACAAAACCCGAGAAGAAACAGGAAGAAACAUUCCAUCCCCCCACCGAAACACGAAGACAAAAUAUAUUAAUAGUUAUGGGCAUGCCAGUGUGGAAAGAACCUGUUGAGAAAAGAGAUAUCGAUGCCGUACUUGAUCCUCGCCGUGCGGCCGUGCCUCGCCGUUCGGCGCCCGGUCGUCGAAUCAGGUCUUCCCAAACCCUGAUGAAUCUAUUGCGGGACGAUUUGGCGCGAGAGACGAACACCCUUUCUAGCAUCGCAGAGGGUAGACGUGAGCGCCCUUACCCUUGGAGCGAAUUGAAUGCGCUCCCGGGCCCCGUGCCUGACCCAGAGCGCGCUGGAUUGCGCUUGACACUGGCCGAUGCGGAGGCUAGAGCACCAUCUAGUGCAACCUCAGGCAGAGGGGGUAUAAGAAGAGUUCGCUCGCCUCUGCCGGUAUUCAGAAGUGAAAACUAUCGGUUGCCUUCCUCUGCCUCCGAUACUUACACCCCGCGCUUCCCCCCAACAUUCCCGGAGAGGCAGCAGGAAGAGGAGCUACGCCGAAUUCGCACCCCUUUUCCCCUUCCCACUGCUGCCUCCUCCUCCUCCGAGGGCAGCAGUAGCAGCAGCACGGCUCCGCGCCGCGCUGGCGCUGAGGAAGGUUCUCAACGCCGAUCCCAGUACUUUUCCCGUGACGAAUCCUCUAUCGAUGAAACGGAGGGUGGAAGGCGUGAUGAAUUCUCCUACCUUACGGGCCCUUCCGCCAGGCGCUGGUUGGGGAUUGAUGGGUUAGGGGACAGAGAGCGCAGUUUAAGUCCUGACCCUACUCACUGGGAGUUGGUCGCUAAUGGCUUGGGAUUUCAAGCGGCGUGCGACUUGUGGGAAUCUGAUUCGGAUGCCGAUGGGAACCCUCUCGCCGUUGAGGUGAUGUGGGAUCUUCCACCGGAUCGCGAAGAGGCCUUUAGAAUUCGCCGUCUACUCUCAUCCCGUAAUGGGGGCAUCGACCGCUUGAUCGAGCGUCUUUAAAUGCGUGCUCGGUCGAUCAAUCCAUCAGAAGGAAAAAAAGGAAAAAAAGGAAUUCAAAAACAAGGCUCUCCCUUCUUUAGUUUCUCUUCUCUUGUUCCUUAUUAUACUCUUUUGUCAAGGCCCUUUUAGGUUUGAGGGGUUGUUUUCUCUGUCGUUGCGUUUGUGUGCUGUCAUCCUGUUCUUCGAGUUUUCUCGGAAACAAGUAUCUGGGUACGAUACGGCAUAUCUUAAGGUGGGAUCUUUUUUUUCCCCCUUUAUCAUUACUAUUGCUUGUUUGCUUUCGGUUAUUCACUUGGCCCUGCUGUUCUCGCUUUUUUCUGGUAAAGAGUAGGGCUUGUGCUCGAUGUGUUUUUUCAUUUGUGUCAAACGGAAAACCUGUUGGCGGUGGAUAGUUAUAUAGACAAUUUUCUAUUUGGACAUUUGUCUAUGCUAUCAGAAAUCAGAAAAGUGAUUGGAGGCACGGCCGGUCAUGGGCUUUUAGAUGUGUAUUUUGUUUCUUUAUUAUCAUCGUGGCAAAAAAUGAUAACAUAGAUUAUGUUCUGGGA